UAGAUCUUCGUGGUGCACAACCACCCCGUGUGGAAAUUUUCAUUUUCCACCUUUUCACCUCUUCAUGCCACAUAUUCAGGCUAAAAUCCGUUCUCUGCCUCCGGCAUAAUUCUGUGAUAUAGUUCUGUGGUGUGAGAAGAUGGCUAGGAAGAUACCUUUUAGUGUAAUUUUUGCCACAGAUGAGGACCCCAAUUUUCCGGCAAGUGAGCUAAAUAGCCACGGACCUACAGUUCAGGGAUGGCAUUCAAGUGCAAAUUCAAAGGUUAACCCCCAGGAGAUUAUCCUGAAAUUCCAUCAUCCAGCACGAGUGUGUCGCAUCCAGGUGCUGGGGCAUCAAUUUAUGAUUCCCGAUCGCAUUGAGCUGUGGCUCCACAAUGCCCCAAAGGACUCCCCCACAACGCCAUCGAGUCAGAACUUUGAGUACCUGGGCUUCAUUGCACUGUCGGAUAAUUCAGCAUCACAGUACAAGUCCAGGGAGCUGCAGAGUGUCACUGUGAAUCCCCGCAUGGGGACACACAUGAAGCUCCGCAUGGGAGCACCCUACAGCAAUGAUCUCAAUCAUGCUCAUCAGGUUGCAUUGAUUGGCAUUAAUGUCCUGGGGAUGGAAUCAGAGGAUGAAGCACCUGGUCCAGCUGGUGCUCCCGAAACUCUGGCUUCCAUCUGUGAUUGCCUUUCCUUCUCCAUGUACGUGGAAGAGACCAUUUGUGACGUUGUGAGGGAAUUAGAAGCUAAAAAGGGUCGUGCAGUGAUUGAGGAAAGAUUUGAGUACGCCAGGAAGCUUAAAUUAUGCAUGAGUGCCCUCCGGAGUGCCGGAGAACGUCUUGGGAGGUAUGCCCUUGCAAAGAGACAAGCCGUAACUCAGGAGGAUUUCUCAACGGCACGCCUACGCAAGGAACAAAUUGAGCUGUACCGAAAUGCCGUUUUUGGGCAGUUGGAAGUUGAGAAGUUGCUGGAAAAGGGUGGGCAGUUGCCGGAAAAUGAUCUCGUGUCCCCAAUUUAUAUUUCCAAGCCAAUCCUUCCGUCACCAAUGAGUCUCCAAGAGGUGGCAACACUCCUCCUGAGUGACCCGAAAGAGCAGCAACACAGCCCAAAGCCACCGCAUCCGAAGAGCAGUGAUGCUGGGAAGCAGGAUGAGUCGUACUUCUCACCGCAACUCAGCAAAAUUGGUCGAAGCCCCAGUCGCAAUUCACCCACAAAUACGGGAUCAAUGCGGCGGAGGAAUAAGAGUGCACCCAGGAAUAGCUACGAGGACUACGAGGAGCGAACUCUACCGACGCUCAGGACUUCACAAACUAAUGAAUUUUUAAGGGAAUGCCAAUCCACCGUGGAAGUCGAGGCGAACAGUCGUGGCAGAUUCAAAGUUAUGAAUGACCGUGAGAAGCGUCAAGCUGCUCUUCCUCUUCUUGUCUUUGGCACGGAAUUGGUGGAACUCUUCUAUUCGAAGCAGUUUCAGGAUCGUGAGGAGGGUCUCGUGCGCUUGAGGAAUAUCCUGAAGAAUCCCACUGUGAUUGAUGGAACAAUUGGACCGAAUAAAGUGGCCAGGAGCUCAACACUUCUCCUCUAUCGUGCCGUUCGCGAUGCCGUCUUUUCCGUCUUCAGUCAAGCAGCUGAAACAGUGAGGGCUCUCUUUGUGGACUUCAUCCCCCAGCGUAUUUCCGCCAAUGAGGUGUCACGAUGCGUUGAUCGCCUUCUCCCUGAACUUCUGGCCAAGAGUGGGGAUCCCUCACCGCGUAUUCACACCCUGGCGCAGCACACCAUUCUCAGUAUUGCUUCAUGUGCCGAAGUACGUCAGCAGAAUCUCGUAGCACCUGCCCUAUCACGUCCUGUGGGAUCAGGCACCCAUCCCCGGCUGGCACUGAGUCGCAUCCAAAUGCUGGAGCAGCUGGUACUCAGUCAGGGUAUCAGCACAGACAAGCAGAGUGGUCUUACGUGCCGCUCCCUCACUGAAUGUGGCUGCUCCGGUAUUCAUCACCCGUCCGAACCAGUUCGCAAAGUAGCCGAGAGGGUCCUACUGCAAGUCUACCGCAUCAAUCCGCGCCUCAUACGCAAACAACUACCCCCAGAUGAUGAUAUUACGCGACGCAAUUUGCUGUACCGGCAGCUUUUCACGGAAUUCGACAAAAUCGACAAGGCAAGGCGCAAUCAAAUGCUCGAGUCUAUGCGGGAUGAUGCUGCUGACGAGGAGGAGGGUGCCUUUGGGGAAUCAUGGGAUAUGGAAGAGCUAAAGACAUCCCUGCCAGGAAUGGCGAAUGGAGAUAAAAAUGGAUGCAAAGAUACAGUGCAAUGUUCCUUCUGUGAUUGGGUUUGUGGAAAAGAUGGAACACAACUUGAUAAACACUACUGGAAGACUUGUCCGAUUCUCAUGAAAUGCCCACAGUGCCAGUGCGUCCUGGAAGUAUCUGCUUACACACAUCAUCUAAUAAAUGAAUGUGAGGCAAAGGAGAGUUACGUGAUUUGCAAGAGGUGCACCGAAGCCGUCCACAUUGAGCUGUACCAGUUGCACCUUCUCGAGGAGUACUGCAUGGAAUUACCACCUGGAACCGUAAGGUGCCCCCUUUGUCAUGAAAAUAUCCCCGAAAAUGGAUGGAAAAUGCAUUUCCUCGAUGCAGUUCACUACUGCCGUGGCAAUGCACGACGGCGCAAUGGUAAAAAGUAGAUUCAGAGCUUCACACAAGAAAAAAUACGUCUUUUCCAAAACAAAUAAAAAUCAAUUUAAAAAUUUAUAUUAAUUAUAUUGUAUGUAAAACUGCUUUUGACAUACCAAAAUCUCACUAUUAAAAAUAAUUACAGAAAAAAA